ACUGAAAAAAACGACCUCUAUCGAAAGAUUCAAAUUUUGAAGUUGUGUUACAUGGAUGGAACUUUGAAACUUAUUUUUUUGGAAUCAGCGUUCAAAACUGAUAUAGAAAAAGUUUUUCAGAGCAUUCCACCGAUAAAAGUAGGUGCACCAUGGGCGGUCCAAACCGAUCGAGGUCGAUGAGGUGUGACUAGUUUUGUAAACCCGAUUCACGAACUUAGAGAGACAAAUUCUUCUCGAACAAACACACCACAAAUUAUCGAAAAAUUACAUUCAACAGUGUAACAAAAGAUAACUUGAUGACUUUAAAGGGUGGAGUGAAUAGUUGAAAGUCAAAAUUACUGUGUAUUUACUUUGAAGUGUCAUGAGCUUUCUAUUGAAAAUGACUUAUUUUCCUUCGUAGAUAAAGAUUAUGGCAUAGUGAGAGUGCUAGAUAGUCGAAAAGACUAAAAACUGAUUGCAUCAUGUUCUGGACGAAAAGUCCGAGAAAAAACAUAGUGUAAUUAAGUCUAAAGACGAAGCCAGACCUAUUUAUAGAAAGCAGCAAGUUGAAUAAGGAAACACUAGAAUAUCGAUAUGAGCCUGAAAAAAUCACGGCAGUUUUCUUGUCAGAAUCAGAUAAGAAUUUUGUAGGAAGUUGAUAAGGAACAUAAGAUUCUUAUAAGAGAUUCAUAUGAAAGUGACAAGAUGGCUUGUUACUUUCUUACGAAUAUCUUAUAAGAUCUUUAUAAAAGCCUUAUAAGAACCAGUGAAUUUAUUAUCACUUCUAUGCAACAUCUUAUAUGCAAAUCUUGCAAGAAUCUUAUAAAAAGUUGAUAAGUAUUUGUAUGUUGCUUGUGAGUGCCUUGUGAGAUCCGUAUAUAAGAAUCAAUGUCUAGGGAGGCUGCAGUUGUUGCUGUAGAAUACGUUUCGUAAUAGCUUUUCCUUGUCUAAUACUUCGUUUAAUUAUAUGCUGGGAUAGCCAUUUGAUGUGCGAAUUAUUUUCGAACGCCCAAUUUCAGCCUUUAUACUUUGAGAAGUAGAACAUAUUUGCAUUAUUUUAAUGACUAAGCUUUUAAUCAGUCGUAGUUUAUAUUUAUGUGGAUUCGAUUCAUACAACAUAUACAAGUCGGUGUUGUUGGUUUUAAAAAAUUAUGAUCAGCUGCUUGUACAAAAAAUAUAUCUACCACCGUACAUAUUUCCUUAAAUAAUCUCCAAUAGUAUCAUCACCUUACAUAAAGUAAUACAUCUCUUCAAGUCUAUGCUAUUAGUAAUUCAAAGUUAAAUAUUGUUCUAACUACUGUUAUAUGCAAUAAACAAGACAAAUGCCGUAUUUGUUUAUCUUUGCAUAAUAUUAAUUUUUCACUUUACAAAUGUAAAACAGAUAAAUAUUUAUAAACAGCUCUUCUAUUUUUUAAUUGAACAUUUAUUCUCUUACCGUGUUCCUUGUUGUUUUGAUUCAGCGGUUCGUAUGUCACCAUUGUUCUGUGCCAUUAUUCAAAUAAAAAUGUUGAUUACUUUUGUUAAUUAUUACAACAGAAUCGUAACAGAUAAAAAAAGUUUAAAAAUAUGUAAAAAAGAUAUUUUAUUUUAAAUAGAAGACUUUGCUGUGUUACUUAACAAUACAAAAAACAAAAUAAAUUUUUAAACUAAAACUAGAUAAGAAAUGAUAAUAUUUUUUCGUGAGAAAAUUAAAUCGAAGAACUGGAUAGUAGAAAAACCAUCCUGAUGUUAGCUGCCAUGAGAAAAUGAAAUAGAACAUGUCAUUCGUAUUGAUCUCAAGGAAAUAGAUCGACGACGGCAAAGAGUGAGUGUUGUUUAGCUUUAAACAUUCUCGUUAACAUAGAGGGUAGUGUGCAAUUAUUUGACGGUUAUAGAUAUUUGUGUCGCUCAACUGCUUUUAUUUUAGGAGACAAGAUAUUAAUUCUUGUUAAACUGAGCGUCAUUAACAUUAAUUUAACCCUGCAUAACUCGAUGUACCCUAAUACGGUACAUGGUAAUAACGGGACAACAAUAAGCGCUAGAGACUUUCGCUUUUCGGAUUUUCGCUUGUUUUUAGAAACAUAGAUAAUCGACCACGUUCAAUUUUAUGGCAACAUUUAUUCUCAAAAAAGCGUCAAAAACCUAGUGAAAACCUAUAGUAGGUGAAAUAAAACGUUUUUGUCUAUUUUUGAGUAAAAUUAAAAAAUUCAUAACCCGGUCAACAUCCAUCCAAGGUAUGUCUAAAUAUCACGGUGCACUGUAUUUUAUCUGCUCAAUAUGAUGUUUUUCUUCAGAAUGGUGAAAAACAUUCUUGGACUUCGGAUGAUUGCUAGAAAACCUUGACAAAAACCAAAGUACUUCCUGUUUAUUGGUAAAGCUUUUAUUAAACUGCAUAGUGAUCACCAGGUUUACUCAAAAGAACUUGCUAUAUGUUAUGAAUGUGUUGACUUACCCGUUCUUACAUUAAGUAACUUAUCAUUAAGUUUACUAUUUAUUCGACAGAUUUCCAUUAAUUAUCAAACAGAAGAUCGGUGUGUAUUUAUUGUCACAGGAAAUUAUGGUUACAAUCCAAAUAUUUGUACAUCGUAUAAUACUACAACAUUACCGGAUUUAUUCAAAAAUCGUACAAUACAAUUUCCAAUUGUUCAUAAUCAAAAUGAAUUACAAUGUUUCGCAAUGGCUUGGUAUGAGUGGUUUGGGCAAGGAUCAGGAAUAAUUUAUUUAAGUAAGCAACCGAGUUCACCAUAUUUUACGGAUGGCACACCUUUAUAUCCAGCAUUUAGCAUUAGUUAUGCACAAUGUGUAGCAUUAGAAUUAGAUUACGAUUACAAAAAAAAUGGUACAACAGGUAGUAUUAUUUCCCGAAGUUGUGAAGCAUCGUAUGAAUCAAACUAUGGAUGUGAUUAUGGAACCCUUUGA